AUGAGCCAAUCCCCAGCCAGUCGCGGGGCGACGAAGAAGAGCCGCUACGAGAUGAAAAGAGAACGGGAUGUGCGGCUUCACUAUGGGGCCGCCUUCUGCAAUAUACCACGCGUUGACAACCUGGCCACUCAUGUCCCCCACCCAUCUCACGACUCGACUCUAACGGCUUUGUGUCAGCUGACCGCUAUCCGCAUGGGAGGCCAGAGGGCCAUGAUCUCGCUUCUGGAAGAGGAACGACAACAUAUCCUAGCGGAAGCUACUUGUGAUUCCCCCCUCCAUCCAGAUACACCAAAGGACGAGCAGGAUGCGCUGUGGGUUGGAAGUGUUAGCAUUCCUCGUAAUCUGGCAUUAUGCGAGAAUGUGUUGGAUCUUAGUCGUGAGGAUAAUGUCUUGGUUGUCAAUGAUCUUACGGCACAUCAGAAAACUGACCUUCAGGGUGCUGUUUACAGCAACUCCGAUGCACGUUUUUAUGCUGGUAUUGCACUCAUUUCCCCAAACGACACAAUAGUCGGGACGUUAUGUAUCUUCGACAACCAACCUCGGGACGGCCUGACAAGUGAGCAACUUGGUCUUUUCAAGGAUAUAGCAUCAACAAUUAUCGGGUACUUGAACACAUACACAAUCAGGGAUCAGUACAGCCGAGGAGAAAAAUUUACGCGCGGCCUGAUCUCCUUCGCCGAAGGUGCGACAGCUCUAUUGCCUUUUGAGCACAACGAACAACAAAACCCAUCAUCAAUACCUCAGGAAUUUCCGGACCUAGCUUCGGAAACAAAAGAAAAUCCUCUCUCUACACAUGGCAGGGGAAGAACAGAAGCGGACGAUCCAUCACCAGACAAUUCGCCUUCCCCGACCCAUAAGGCAACUACCGCGAGGUCUGCAAGGCAUCAAGCAAUAGGGGCACUUCAAGACUCUAUUCUGCCCAUGGACUCAAAAUCAAUGUUCUCUCGUGCGGCGAAUGUCAUGAUGGCCUCGAGUAAUUUGGAUGGGGUACUUAUAUUAGAUGCAAGCGUUGCAGCAAACGGAGGCCAACAGCGCAGCAAUACCACUUCUCGAACCAGGAGCAGCUUCGAUUCUCUAUCUGAAUCUUAUCAGUCAGCAUCUUCUAGCGAGGGACCAAGUUCAAACAGCACAGAGGGCAACGCGUACAAUGCAUCUUCUUCAAACUCCAAAACAUGUCAGUUGCUUGGAGUUGCCACUUCUAAUGACAAGAGGAAAGCAGCAUAUGGGUCGUUGUUGGAGUCUGAUCUUGCGCGUAUGCUCCACGAAUAUCCGCAUGGUAAAAUCUUCACUUUCACAGCCAGCGGCAUAUUUGUAUCCUCAGACGAGACCACCUCGAGCCCUUAUUUUACGGAGCAGUUACCCAGAAUGGCUUCUUCCAAACGCCAGACAAAGAACUGGUCAAAGAGAUGCUCGGAAGCUAUCCAGUCAAUGUUUCCUGAAGCAGCUAGCGUCGCGUUUGUUCCAUUCUGGGACUUUGAGAGGUCACGGUGGUUUGCAGGCUGUUUGUGUUGGAGCAACAACCCAUAUCGCCUACUUUCUCCCUCUGUUGAUUUGAUUUAUUUAAAGAUUUUCAGCAAUUCAAUCAUGAGGGAGUUGUCAAGACUGGAUGCUAUGGCUUUGGAUCAGGCUAAAUCAACAUUUGUAGCCUCCAUAUCUCAUGAGUUACGAUCUCCUCUGCAUGGAAUAUUAGGCACACUGGAAUUCUUCAAGGACACGCCCCUGGAUUCCUUUCAGGCCAGUAUGCUUAAUUCUUUGCAUGGCUGCGGAACAACCCUUCUUGACACCAUCAACCAAGUCAUGGACUAUGGCAAGAUCAGUGAAUCGAGAAACAGCAUCUCUUCGAAACGAAUAAAGAAUGAAAAUACCAUAAGGCUGUCAUGCAAACCAGUAAGGGGUAGAAGGAGGAAAGAUCCCGCUUUCGAUAUUAGCAUUGCGACAGAAGAAGCUGUAGAGGCUGUCUUCAUAGGGUCGUCAUACAUCCCCGUCACCGCUAAAUACAUCGAGCAACUUCCAUCAAGAACAGGGUAUGAGUCGGCUCCUCUUCCAAAACGCAAGGUACGAUUUGUCAUACUUGAUGUGGCAUAUGAAGACGAUUGGAUGUUCUCUUUUCCAAUCGGAUCAUGGAGAAGGAUAGUUAUGAACUUGUUCGGAAAUGCUGUCAAGUACACAGAGUCAGGCUAUGUGCACGUUUCUUUGCGUUCUAGCAAAUCAGCAGAAAACAACAAUGCACCUACAACGAUUAUACUUACAAUAACCGACACGGGCUUGGGAAUGACUCCAUGUUUUCUUGCCAACCGAAUAUUUGAACCCUUUUCCCAAGAGAACUCACAUUCGCCUGGUACCGGACUGGGCUUGAGUAUAGUCCGACAAAUUAUCGACACGAGCGGCGGGAAGAUUGAAGUCAGCAGCCAGCCGUCCAUUGGCAGCAAAGUCACCGUUAAACUCGCACUUACUCAGCCGGAGUCCUCGGAUAUGUUGAUGGCCGAGCAUAGACGGUUUCAAUCGACCCUAGCAAGAUUGCAGGGUCACAGAAUCUGCAUACUUUCCAGGAAAACUAAAAAGUCUCCAGAUGAUGCCGAUUACUCACAAGCUGAAGAAGGACUUGUACGCUUCACCAAUGCGCUCGCUAACACCCUCGAAAAGCACCUGAAGAUGGACGUUGUAAUGUCUACCGAUUCUGAAUACAAUGGUGCAGACAUUGUCAUUUGCCCAGAAGUUUCCUUCGAUUAUCUCAACAUUAUUCGUCGCCGUAGAACUCGCGAUCAGCAAGCUCCUGUCAUCAUCUUUAUCGGGAUGGAUGCACUUGAAGCAGCUACUCUUCGUUCAGACGUUCGUGUGACUUCCAAGCAGUCUGUAGUUGAGAUCAUAACUCAGCCAUGCGGGCCGCACAAAUUGGCUUUUGUUCUUAAUCGAUGCUUGGAUCGAUACGACCGACCUGGCGAUAAUGUACAGCCUUCGAGGGCGGUCAGCCCCCUUCCCCAAACUGCAACCUAUGGAGCUAAAGAGCUGGGCAUUUCCAUUCCGCCACCCAGCCCUGCUCAACUGAAUGAUAAACCAUUGCAGGCCAGACCCGCAGAGAAUGCUGCUAAGUCCCCAGCUACGACGCCUACACCACAGCCUGUACAUGUCCCACAUCAGGAAGAAGACUUGGCUGCAUCCCAUAUACUCAUCGUCGAUGACAACAUGUUGAACCGAAGAUUACUUGUGGCAUUCAUGAACAAGAAUGGUUUACAACACCAAGAAGCGUCAGACGGUCUUGAGGCAUUGCGCAAGUACCAAGCGGACCCACACAAGUUCGAGGUGAUACUCAUGGACAUGUCGAUGCCGGUCAUGGACGGUAUGGCGGCCACUCGGGCGAUUCGCGAACACGAGCAAACCCACAAUUUACCGCGCAGCUUCAUUAUCGCAUUGACUGGCCUCGCAUCCUCAAGCGCCAGGCUGGAAGCAUGGAGCUCGGGCAUCGACCACUACAUCACCAAGCCUGUGAACUACAAGGAGCUUAGAGAACUUUUGAACAGCGAGAAAUUGCGAAAGGAUGGACGCCGGAUAUCUUCGGAAGUUCCUGAGAAAACAAGUGAAGAGGCUACGGAGAAUAUAGCUUGA